ACACGCAGGAGUCAUGCUCCGCCCCCUUUGCUCGCGAGAGCGUUCGAUCUCUCUCGCGGAGCCAUAACAAGAAGAGACGCAACACCUCCGAAGGCCUCACACCACCGUCACAGCGUCGCAGUGCCGCAUUGCCACCCAACUCACGACCUCGCAUCCCCCCCUCCCACCUGGUGCUUCGCAGCUGCCGGUACGCUCACGUCUCUCAUUCCGUGUCUAAAACCCUUGCACAUCCACGGUACAAGCGUUCGCUUUCCGCAGCUGGGUUGUUUCGUUUCGCGUCGCUCUCUUCUUGAGCUCAGCAGCAAGAGGCGCGGAGCUGCAACGACGGGUGGGAUGACGGCCCGAGGUCCACUGCUGAAGGAUGAGCUCGACAUUGUGAUCCCGACCAUCCGGGACCUGGCGUUUCUGGAGCAGUGGAGGCCAUACCUGAGCCCCUAUCACCUGAUCAUCGUGCAGGAUGGCGACCCCACGAAGAAGAUUCACGUGCCGGAGGGGUAUGACUACGAGCUGUACAACCGCAACGACAUCAACCGGAUUCUGGGGCCCAAGGCGUCGUGCAUCUCGUUCAAGGACAGCGCGUGCCGGUGCUUCGGGUUCAUGAUGUCGAAGAAGAAGUACAUCUUCACCAUCGACGACGAUUGCUGGGUGGCGAAGGACCCAUCGGGGCACGAGAUCAACGCGCUGGAGCAGCACAUCACGAACUUGUUGUCGCCGUCGACGCCGUUGUUCUUCAACACGCUAUACGACCCGUACAGGGCCGGAGCAGACUUCGUGAGGGGGUACCCGUUCAGCAUGCGCGAGGGCGUGGCGACGGCGAUCUCGCACGGGCUGUGGCUGAACGUGCCGGACUACGACGCGCCGACGCAGCUGGUGAAGCCGGCGGAGAAGAACACGCGGUUCGUGGAUGCGGUGAUGACGAUUCCGAAGGGGACGCUGUUUCCGAUGUGCGGGAUGAAUCUGGCGUUCGACAGGGAGAUGAUCGGGGCGGCGAUGUACUUCGGGCUGAUGGGCGACGGGCAGCCGAUCGGGCGGUACGACGACAUGUGGGCGGGGUGGUGCUGCAAGGUGAUCUGCGACCAUCUGGGGUUCGGGGUGAAGACGGGGCUGCCAUACAUCCACCACAGCAAGGCGUCGAACCCGUUCGUGAACCUGAAGAAGGAGUACAAGGGGAUCUUCUGGCAGGAGGAGAUCAUCCCCUUCUUCCAGCAGGUGGUGCUGCCCAAGGAGGCCGUCACCGUGGAGCAGUGCUACAUCGAGCUCGCCAAGCAGGUUGGGGAGAAGUUGAAAGGACUGGACCCGUACUUCACGAAGCUGGCGGAGGCCAUGGUGACCUGGAUUGAAGCGUGGUCAGAGCUCUCCGGUUGCCAGAAGGCGAAGUAGUUAAAUAGAAGUAGGAUCUGAUUUUAGUAAUUGAUUGGUUAGUUUACGGUUCUCCAUUUUUUUUACUUUGCGCAGAGUGAAUUGGAAUUGUUGCGUAUUUCUCUUUUGGCACGGCACCCCUUCUAUUGCGUUAUUUAUAGCGACUACAUGUGAUUCUUGCUGCAAUUUUGAAAUGGUGAUUCUUCAUAGUUUUUGUCUAAUGUUUUUGGAUAUUCCAACGGUACCUCCUGUCAA